AUGAGCCUCAACGCGGACCUCAUCCACACCGUUGCAGGACACGACGAUAAUACCCAGACACCAAGUCUGCAACAACAACCGCCACAGCCAGAAUUGAGCCUAUUGCAACCACUGCAACUACAACAGCAACAAGAACUCCAAGAGCAUGGGCAACACGACCUCCAGUUCCAAAAGAGUCCGGCCACCGCAUCACCACCACAGCAACAGCACACAGCGACAAUACCUCCAGAGAUUAUCCAACUCAUCGUCAACUACCUCGACAACAGAGACCUCGUCAAGGUCAUCACCCUCAAUUGGACCUGGGCCCACCUGGCUGCCCCGCGGCUUUGGCACCGAAUCGAUUACACAGUGCAGUCCAGCAGGAUCUUUUUCUUGAUCACAAAGAGUGUGACCCCUCCCAGUCCUGACAAAGCUCCUUCGACCGUCAUCUUUGCUCCACCCACAUUACAACCUUCGGGAAUAGACACGUUGUUAUCAUCCUCAGUAUCACCUGUGUGUGGUUCCAAGUCUCUUCCUCCACUCUCGUCGCCGCCUUCUCUAGCUGAAACAGGGCUCACCACAGUACCCUCAAACCGAAUCGGCGAAGCAGUUUCGGAUGAACGCCCUCCGCCUCCAAAGCGACGACGGUCAUACCCUUGGCCUACUCUACUACCCUACCACACGAUGGUCCAUACUCUCAACGUCUCGCUUUCGACAGCCGAUAUGGUUCAGGAUCUUUUGGAGUUGAUUCCCUGCUGCACAGAACUCCGGUCGUUCGCCAUCCUCUCCGCCAUUCCCACUGAGGACCUCUUGAUUCGAGGGGUGAUUGCGUCAGCUUGCAACGAUGCCCUUGACCCCUUGAAUGGCGGUUCGACACCCCGCCGCGCCUCUAUUUCGUCAUCAGCAUCAGCAUCUUUGGCACCGGGUGGUUCUCAUACCAGUCAUUCACACCAGCAUUCGCUCAGUUUGGACCCAUACAAUUGGUCGACUACUCCUCAGGCUGGCCUACAGGAAGCUGAUGAUGAAACCAUUAUGGCGUCCUCGACCUCUCAGAGUGGCAUGCUGUUCAAGUUACUCAGUCAGUCGUGUCCCAUGCUGGAAAAGAUCUGGUUCUCUGGUUUUCAUCCUAUUUCAGUUCUAGGCGCACCCACGGAUCUGAGACCGCGACCAUCGCAGGAGCAUCGCCUUUCAAAUCCACUGGCAGACGUCCUUGUUGCCCAGCCUCCCAUCACGACUGAUGCACCUUUGCAACCACUUCCUCUCAGAAGACCAUUGUCGCCGAAUGUGUUUUCUGGCAUGGAUCCCUCUUUGCCUCCAAUCUCACCCGUCCCAGGAAUCAAUCCAGCAGUGACAUUGCCUGUUUCGACCUCGCCUGCGAUUGUUGCCGCGGCCAUUAACCAACCACAUGUCCAGUCCAAGAUCCACUCAGUCCAGUUUGUCAACUGUACUCUGCCACCGCAGUACCUCCUCACAAUGAUCCAACACUCGUUACCGAACCUUACUGAGCUGGCGUUGACACAAUGUUGGCAGGGCAAUCCUCUCACGGGCACAUUUUUGUCAUCGGUGUCCAAAAUUUGUCCAGAACUGAAGGAUAUAACUUUGCAUGCGACACAGAACCAUCGCGACAGUGUCACAUCAGAGAACCUCCUGCUGUUGCUGCAGGGAUUGGAGGGCAAGCCCGAGGACAGGGAUGAGGGACGUUCGUACUACGGAUCGGGAACAACACAUGGUCAGCUUUUAGGAGCGGGGGCCUCAUUGGCAGAUUUCCCCUUGGGCACCUUCAGCAAGUCGUUGCAUACAACCGCCGGGAGUGCACCCUCCAUCUCGUCUACAGCUGCUACCAUUGGAUCGUCGUCGUUUGCUUCCAAUUCGAAUUCCUCGUCGUCAUCCAUCGCAAACUUGUCUCUGUCACCCCUACCCUCUCCCUCCUCGACAGCAUCCUCUUACUUGACGAACGGCAACAACAACAGCCAUGGACUUGUCACUAAUGGCUACCUAUCAGCUCAACAGGAACACCCACCAUCGGCCACGUCAUACUACCAGGACGCAGAUGGAGGCGCUCGAUUAGGAUCGGAGCUCGAGUCGAUAUCGGUAUGGUUUACACACUCGACUUUGAACCAGGCAAUUGCAGCUGAGCUGGCGAACAGGACACGACAUCCUUGGUUAAAGCGAGUUGAGUUUGGGAGCGAGGAUGCGUUUGAUAUAGGUGCGCAGUUGAUCCGGCAGCUUGGGGAACAGCGGAAGGAGUUGAGUGUGGCCUGGGUCAGUUAUGGAGACACUGGCGAUGAUCGCGACGACUGA